UAAUGACUAAAACUACUUUUAUGAAAAUGAAGUCAUUUCUUUGCAAUAACCAUCUCAGUUUAGAACUGACGAAAAGAAUGGUCAAGUGCUAUGUUUGGUCUGUACUUUUGUAUAGGGCAGAAGUGUGGACGCUAAAAGUAUCGAUCAUGAACAAAAUGGAAGCAUUGGAAAUGUGGGUUCAUAGACGAAUGCUAAAGAUACCUGGGACAGCAAGAAAAACUAAUGAAAAAGUACUAAGGAACGUCAACAAAGAUAGAGAACUGCUAAAGACUGUUAAACAUCAAAAAAUGUCUUAUCUGGGAUAUAUAUUAAAAGGAAGUCGAUAUAAAAUUUUUAACUGAUCCUUAAAGGCAAAAUAGAGGGCCGUAGAGGUGUAGGUAGAAAACAAGUUUCUUGGUUAAAAAACAUUCGUGAAUGGACUCAGAUACCAAAUUGCAGAAGAUUAAGAAGCCUUCGCAAUGGUGAUCGCCAACGUUGGAUAA